AUGCUGGAUGUGUUAAUAAUAGGGGGAGGCCCUCAUGCCUUGACCCUCGCUAGCCUGCUGUCGAACCCUGACCCUGCUCCAGACUCAGACUCUGGACAUGUGUCACCCCUCUCCCCCUGCUCCUCGGACCCUCCGAGGCCUCAGACAAACCCAGAGACAUCCAACAACAGACGCUGCAACAGCAGCAAGAAGAAGAAGAAGAGGACGACAGCUGUCCCCGCAGGCCUGACACUGGAGGAGCGACUAGCAGAGUCAACGAUAUCAGGGAGGGAAAAUUGUCCCCCACUGAGUCUCCGAGUGAUAGAUUCCUACGGAGAGUGGACCACUCUGUGGGAGAGCCAGUUCACAGCUCUGAACAUCCCUCACCUGCGCUCACACACUCUGGUGCACACAGACCCUCUCAACAAGAAAGCACUGCAGGAGUUUGUCAUAAAAUCUGAUCGAUCAGCGGAGCUUCACAGUCUUCCAGAUCAGGUUUAUAUUCUGGACGAAAAUGCAUUUUUCAAUGACAUGAGGCUCGGCAGGAAGGAGAGGAAACGCCUCAACGUCACCUCAACACUCAAGAAGAGUUUAUCCUUCAGUCUGCCUGGAACCAAACUCAGUGUGGAUUUCUUUAGAGAUCAGGUGGAGAGAUACAACUUGGACAAAGUGCUGGUGAAGGGAACAGUUGAGCUCAUCACCCCUGUGAUCGAGGACAAGGAGGAGAAGGCUGACUGGAUUAAAGAGGGUGAAAGGAAGAAAGUGAAGUAUUUUCAAGUCCACCUUCAAGGAGGCAUCAUCCUGAAAGCCCACCAGGUCGUUAUGGCCACAGGUCCAACCCGUGCCCAGAUGGCAAACAUCCCCUCAUGGGUGGAAAGCAUCGGAGAGAGCUACCCAGAGGAGCGUUUGCAACACACAGUGCACCUCAUGCACCACCUGCCAACUGCUCUGCAAAAACUUAAAGACACAGAUAAUCAAAGACAGAGAGACACUUUUCCCACUCAAGUGUGUGAGGCAGGCCAGAGAGUAAUGGUAGUUGGUGGAGGUCUGACCAGCGCUCAUGUCGUCUCAAUUGCCCUGCAGCAAGGUGCCCGCCAUGUGACAUGGGUCAUGAGGAAGUACCUCCAGUUAAAGCAGUUCGAUGUGGGCGACGUGGAGAGCCUGGUGGGUCGUUAUUCCCACGUGGAGCACGGCAUCAAGAUGGAUGGCCAAGCGUACCUGCGGCAGUUCUAUAAUGAGCGGAGUCUCCACAAACGGCUGGCAAUGAUUCGCCAAGCGAGGAAAGGAGGGGCCGUGACCCCAGAGGCCUACAUCCACCUGCAGCCGUUCAUCAUGAAUGGACAGGUGGACCUGAAGACGUACUGUCAGGUGAGUGAAGCCAGCUGGUGCUACAGGAGCCAGGCCUGGAGUGUCUCCCUCAGCACUGCGGACCACUGGAGCGGAGAUAUGAUCUGGCUCGCCACCGGCUGCAAACUUGAUAUCAAACAGGACCCGCUGCUUUCUGAGGUGAUGCGGGAAUUCCCCAUUCAGGUGAUAGAUGGUUGGCCGUGCAUUUCAGAGAGUUUACAGUGGGCAGAGGGCUGCCCACUCUACCUGAUGGGGCAGUACACCGCUCUUCAGGUUGGACCUCAUGCAGUAAACCUGGCCGGCGGACAGGCUGCCAGCAUGCGAAUCGCAAAAGAUGUCAUGCGGCGUCAGAAACAGGACAAUACAGAGGCUUCUCAACUGAGUGGAGAGAAAUCUAAAACUGAAGAUUAUAUUCAACAGAUGCAAGGCCUUUUGUGGCUUUAA